AUGAAGAAGACCAAUAAAAAGCCCAACGGAGGGAAAUUCCGGAAGGAAAGUAGAAUGGCUCGGCCUGACAAAAGAGGGGGGAGAGAAAGGAUGAAUAACAAGAAGAAGGGGAGUGUACGGGCCGGGCUUGAUAAAAAGGUCUUAGUUGAGCCGCAUAGGAGGUUUCCAGGGGUUUAUGUUAGUCGGGGGAAGGAGGAUCUUUUGCUUACAAAAAGCUUGGCACCAGGGAUUAGCGUGUAUGGAGAAAGGAGGAUUACUGUUGAUGUUGAGCAAGAAAGAAUCGAGUAUCGGGUCUGGAAUGUUUAUCGAAGCAAGCUUGCAGCAGGAAUUGUUUGUGGGGUUGAGAACAUCCACAUGGGCCCGGGAAGCAAAGUGUUGUAUCUAGGGGCUUCAUCCGGUACAACGGUUUCCCAUGUCUCGGACAUUGUUGGGAAGGACGGAGUGGUGUAUGCCGUGGAGUUCAGUGAAAGAUCUGGAAGAGAUUUGAUCAACAUGUCUAUGAAGCGUCCCAACAUCGUUCCGAUAAUAGAGGAUGCAAGACAUCCAUCGAGAUACAGAAUGCUUGUGCCGAUGGUUGACUGCAUCUUUUCGGAUGUUUCACAGCCCGACCAGACAAGAAUUGUUGCCUUGAAUGCCCAGUACUUCCUAAAGGAAGGAGGAGGAGUUGAUGUGUCGAUCAAGGCCAACUGUGUCAACUCGUCAGUCCCUGCAGAAACAGUCUUUGCAGAAGAGGUGAACAUCCUGAGGAAGCACAACAUCAAGCCAAAGGAGCAAGUGACUCUCGAGCCGUUUGAAAAGGACCAUGCAAUGAUAGUCGGGAAGUUUAGGCUGUCCAAGUCUGGAGAAAAGAAAUAG